AUGCGCAGUCCCACCCGAGGCCUGGGCAGGGUGAUGGUGUUUCUCGCGGCAGCCCUUGCGGCGGGCGAGCGGUGGCAGCCCGUCCUCGGGCUGGGGUUUCGCCCUGGCCAGACCCCUGGCAGGGGGUUGUCACGAGGGGACUUGUGCAGUGACGCAGGUCGGUACGGGGCAGGGAAUUCCUUCACUUACCGUCGCUCCCCCCCCGCUCCCCGGACCCCAGACCUGCCGGGGGUCCCCUUUGUGUCCUGCAGAGCGUCCGACUAUGAGAAUUUCUCCUGCUCCUGGACAUCCAGCCUCGAGACCUUCCUCCCCACCAGAUACAUCACCACCUAUAGGUGA